AUGGCUGCACGGUGGGAAGAUGAGAAGGUGACUGAAGCUGCCUCAGAUGGUUUUGUUGCUAUUAAAAUCGACACCAAAAGUGAAGCAUGCCUGCAGUUUUCUCAAAUUUAUCCUGUCGUGUGCGUUCCAUCCAGUUUUUUUAUAGGAGACAAUGGAAUCCCUUUGGAAGUAAUUGCUGGCAGUGUUUCUGUUGAGGAGCUCGUUACCAGAAUCCACAAAGUUAAGCAGAUGCACACAGUGAAAGGGCAGCCUUUGGAAAAUGGAAGUCCGUCACCUGCUCCUUGUCCCUCCUCUCAAUCUGAUGGUGCUCCGGAAAAUACGCCGUCCGGAACAGUGGAGUUUGGUGACUCUCUGUCUGAGACGAUAAGACCUUCCGCUGAUGGAGCAAAUUCAGGUCAGGCAAGCCAGGAAGCAACUAAUUCUUCAGGUGAGCAAGUGAGUGAUGCUCAGCCUGUGAAUGAUCUUACACUCAGAGUAGAAAGAAUAACAAAAAAGCUUGAAGAAAGACGGGAAGAGAAAAGGAAAGAAGAAGAACAGAAAGAAAUUAAGAAAGAAAUUGAACGGAGGAAAACGGGUAAAGAAAUGUUGGAGUACAAAAGACGACAGGAAGAAGAACUGACCAAACGCCUGUUAGAGGAAAGGAACAGGGAAAAGGCAGAAGAGAGGGCGGCCAGAGAGCGGAUCAGACAACAGAUUGCGCUGGAUCGUGCCGAGAGAGCAGCUCGCUUUGCAAAAUCGAAGGAAGAAGCGGAAGCUGCAAAAGCUGCAGCUCUUCAGGCUAAACAGGCUGAAAUAGAGGCCAGAAAAGAAGCGUCUCAAAAGGAGCGAAGUGCAAUAGCCAGGAUCCAGUUCCGCCUCCCAGAUGGCUCCUCCUUUACUAACCAGUUCCCAUCUGAAGCACGACUGGAGGAAGCGAGGCAGUUUGCUGCACAGACGGUUGGUAACACUUACGGCAACUUUUCGCUGGCGACGAUGUUUCCCAGGAGGGAGUUUACCAAAGAAGAUUAUGGCAAGAAGUUACUGGACCUAGAGUUAGCACCCAGCGCUUCCGUAGUGUUGCUGCCAGCGGGAAGACCUGCUACUUCUGUCGUUCAGGCGUCCGGCGGUGACCUGUGGAAGUUCUUGGGCACCAUACUUUAUCCCCUCUUAGCGGUUUGGAGAUUUAUUAGCAACUUCCUGUUUACAAGUCCACCCCCCUCACAGUCUGCUGUGAGAUCCGCUCACCAGCAGGACCUCUCAAGUCCUUCAGCGUCCAGCAGCAUCGAGCAAAGCAGGCAAGCGGUCCGGAAACGAGUAGUGGAAAAGCGGGGGGAAGACUUCAAAAAAGAAGGCAAAAUAUAUAGACUGAGGACUCAAGAUGACGGAGAAGAUGAAAACAAUACUUGGAAUGGGAAUUCCACACAGCAAAUGUAG